CUUAUAUAAUCUUAAAUGGGCGUUGCCUCGGCUUGAUAAUUAACGUCGUCACACAGCAUUGCUAUCUGUUUAGCAACGCAGUAGCCGCAAGUCCCUUGAGCGAUACACUUACUGUAAAUGAGUAAACAUUUAUUCAUUAGUUGUUGUUUUUUUCAAAUUAAAAUGCCAUUUGGUUUGAAGGGAUGUCUGAUUGCAUAGAAUCAACGUGCGUGCCGGUGUUUGCACACCUCACCUGUCUUAACCCCGCCCCUUUCAACCCCGAAGAGACAGGUGCAGGAACUGCACUCCUUUCACAAACGUCUCGUUCACUGAGCACACGAAGUGGAGUUUUCAGACAGAUCCUUCUCAAGCUGAUUUCUGACCCCUUUGCCUUGAUCAGAUCCCAGAAAGAAUGGACAAUCCUGGAAUCUGCAGGAAACGCGACGCUGCGAUAAAGUGGUUCACGGAGUUCCAGGUGGAUUGCGUAAUGAGGAAUGGUGUUAUUCCCGAAUGGUUUCAUGGAAUUAUCACAAGGAAGGAUGCAGAAGAUUUACUGCAGAAUAAAACUGCUGGUUGUUUCUUGAUCAGGGUCAGUGAAAGUCGCAUCGGGUAUACCUUAUCUUACAGAACUGUGGAUUGCUGCAGGCACUUCAUGAUUGAUGUGCUGAGGAACGGCCAGUAUACUAUCGUGGGAGAGGCCACGUCCUACAGAUCUCUAGACCAGCUGGUGGACUUCCACCAAAGAAUUCCGAUCCUGCCUUACAAUGAGAUUCUAACUGUUCCUUGUGGGCAGAUCUCGAAAGAUGACGCUGAUUAUACAGAGCUGCUGUUUUCAAAGAAGAAGCCCUCCAUUGCUCACAAUCAGAUUCCCCUUCCAUUACCAAGGUGCUUUCCAAACUCUCAGGCAGCUCCAGAACUCCGCUCACUCAGGGACGUGCCUCCACCCCUCCCGUCACGACAUUCACUCCACCGGUCGAGAGACCAAGACCUCAAAACUAGGGAUCCGCAACCCUCAGCUGGAUUUAAGGACGCCUUCCCUGUGAAUAGACUUUACCCCAGUCUUAACAAGGAGCUGGCUUCCAUGAACCUCCUGAAUGAUGCCAGAAUUUCAGAUGAUAAACCUGAGCACUUACCCUGGAAGAGCUUGUCAAAGAGGUCCCAGAGCACAGAGGCGAUUUUCAAAGAGGCACCCCCACUACCACCAAGGACUCUGCUGCCUCCCAGUAGGGCACAGGAGCCCGCUCCAGCAAAAAGGACUUUUCCCACGGAAAUCCCUUUGACAAAUUCCACCGCCACCGAGAGAGAGGCAAGUAAAGCCCCCGGCAGUGGGAUCUUCUCCGGCGAACGACUUUGCAAGGUGAAGAACGUCAUAAAAGAAAUGGAAAAAGAAUUCAGAACACAGAGCACCACCAUCAACCUCCUGGGUUUAAAAAAGAACUCCCUGAAAAAGAAAGGGGGAGCCGCGGAGACACCCGGACAUUCAGAGCCCUUUCAGGCAAAAUCUGCAGAGAGCUGGCCCGAUAAGACCAGUGAUUUCAACUCAGGCUUCCAGGGGACCAGCAAAGAGGCUAAAAACAUUGGUAAAGACAGUGGUAAAAAGCAGCCAGCUCUCCCACUGGAAUAUCAUCAGCCACCUCCAUUUGCCCCAGGAUAUUAUUGAUUAUUUAAAAUAAAUAAAUUGGAACCUCAUAACGUGUAACAAAACAGCGUUAAAUGUACUUCUUGUUCUGUUCAUGAGACUCAAAUGAUCAACUCUCUGGAUCACUGCUGGUUUUCACACGACAAUGGAAAAGGGAAGCCUGGACUUCAACAUGGAACUGAUCAGUUGCAUCCUGAUGAUCACGCAGGAGCAAGCAGGACACAGUUAGAUGUGACUCGGCAAUCUUCACAUAAACUCAUUAAUGUUUCCGAAAUUUACGUGCAGAUUCUGGUGUGUUAAACAGUUAUCAGAUACAAUAUUUAAUGAAAUACAUCUUAGUGUUUUAGACAUUAAAAAAAAAAACUCUAGAUGAACUAUUUGUCAGGGAAUUUUAGCUUUAAUGUAUAUUAAAAAUAAAACAAAAUGAUUUUACAAAGACAUUUUAUUUAUGUAAAUAUUAAACACACAUAUGAACUUACAAUAAAUAAUAGCAUAUAUAUAUAUAUAUAUA